UUGUCUCUUGUAAUUAAUCUCGAAAGCAAUUAUACAUAUUUAUCAAUUUGCCAUCCAGCGAUAGUUAUUUCGAUCCCAGAAACAACAUGGAGAAUCUUCAACAAUCGGUAUUAUCCACAGAUUUCGGGCCUUCCUCGUCCGGAAUACUAACACGUAAGCGUCCUUCGAUUGGAAGAGCGUGCAAACAAAGUAUGAAUUCUGAAAACUACUGAAAAUUCAGUCUGCAUUUCUUCCAGGAUCCAGAACACCAGGCCUGCAUUUGCCUUUUAAUAGAACUGAGAGUUGUCAAUAUACGUGACUGCAAUUAUGCUGUAGUUGCAUUUAAUUCGAGAACGAAACUGUGAAGGAUGAGGCAGGCUGCAGGAGAAGAAGAUGAAAGCUUGGCGUCACCGUCGAUGGAGGAAAGCAGGAAUGUUCGAACCUCUGAUCUGUGGCAGGUGGCGCAGACGCUGGAGCAGCUAGAAAUGGCUUUUGAAGGAUCAGGCGUCCCUAAUUUCUCCACAGAUACUAUGCAUUACAAUCUGUCGGAGCUGGGAGAUUGGAUGAACGAAAUAGAUGAGCUCUCUUUACCUGCCUCCUCGGAUUUAGGAAGCGGCCUCUUGUCUGAGCCUAGCGGUGCUCAGUUCGAAAUGCAACUUCCCGAAUUCCAAGACUUGCCUGAAACGCCCGCCUUUUUCGAUGAUGACGAUCACACCAUAGGUGGAUUGUUUGCCCUGCUCGGGGCUUCCACUGACGAUGACGAGGAUGACGAGGAGCCUCUGAUGCAGGUUCCAUUGAUUUGUAAAAGUCAAGGAAUGCAGCAGGAACAGGGGCAAACAAAGGUGGCUCCACCAUACGACCUGCAGCCUACUCUGCAAAGGUCACGCGAGCUGGACGAAGCGUACCAGCAGCUUAGCCAGACGCAGUCCUCAUCUUGCUCUUCUGCAAGCACAGUAGAGAAUUUCCAGAACCCUAAAUACCCCAGGCUGGAGCAUUGCUCUGCAUCGGCCGUGCAGGGAAUCGAACCCCAGACCUUGCAGAAGCAGCUAGAGAUUAAAAACAACGACAACGGUAUUAAUGACAUUGACAAUUACAUUGAGGAAGUCAAUCCAGAUGAUACAUGCACAGUACAGCCGCCUCUUAUUCAGCAGCAGCAGAUCGCGAGUUCGAAUCCGGCGGUGGAAGAAUGCAAUUCAGGGAUAAAGCUUGUACACACACUCAUGGCCUGCGCAGAAGCAGUGCAGAGCAACAACCCCCUUGUCUCUCAGGAAAUGCUACGGCAAAUUAAACUCUUAUCAGCUACCACGGGCGGAGCCAUGGGGAAAGUAGCACAAUAUUUCUCAGAGGCGCUCCUGAAGCGAAUCUACGGCUUCCCCAUCCAAGACACCAUGUACCUGAAAAACGACUCGCUCUCGGAUCUGCUCCACAUACAUUUCUACGAGACCUGCCCGUACCUGAAAUUCGCACACUUUACCGCUAACCAGGCAAUCCUGGAAGCUUUCCAUGGCCACAAAAGGGUUCAUGUCAUCGAUUUCAGUCUGAAACAGGGUAUGCAAUGGCCGGCGCUAAUACAAGCCCUGGCCCUGCGCCCAGGGGGCCCACCGGCACUGCGCCUCACCGGAAUUGGCCCUCCGCAUCCCGAAGGCAACGACAUUUUACACGAUGUCGGCCUAAAGCUUGCUCAUUUAGCCGAUUCCGUCAAUGUCGAAUUCGACUUCCGCGGCUACGUCGCAGACAGCCUAAGCGACAUCAAGCCUUGGAUGCUAGAUGUCUGCCAUGGCGAAACCCUAGCUGUAAACUCAACUCUCCAGUUGCACCGCCUCCUUUACAGUCCAGAACAAAUCCCCCCUCCAGUAGCCUCCGUCCUGGCAGCAGUUCGAAGCCUAAACCCUAAAAUAUUCACAAUCGCAGAACAAGAAGCCAACCAUAACAACCCUGUUUUUCUGGAGCGCUUCACCGAGGCCCUGCACUACUAUUCCACCAUGUUCGAUUCACUGGAAUCCCGCCGCCUGCCUAUGCACAGCUAUCCGCAGGUCAUGUCGGAGAUGUACCUGGCGCGUGACAUUUGCAACAUUGUUGCCUGCGAGGGACACGAGAGAGUGGAAAGACACGAGACUUUGAUGCAGUGGAGGAUUCGAAUGCAUGCUGCGGGGUUUCGACCCCUGCAACUCGGCUCCAACGCCUUUAAACAGGCCAGUAUGCUGCUCAAGCUCUUUUCUGGCGGCGAUGGCCAUAGAGUAGAAGAAAAAAAUGGUUGCCUCACUCUGGGCUGGCACAACCGCCCACUUAUCACGGCAUCUGCCUGGCACUGCUAAUGACGAUUCCAGAAACCUGUACUUAAUCAACCGUACCAAAGAAUUCCAGUUAUCAAUUCGGCAGCCUCUCUUCGGUACGUAUCUAUGUAGCAGCGAAUUAUAUGUAAAUUCUGUAAAGAGAUUCAAAUAAUUGGUGUACGGGUUAUAUGUU